AACAAUAUAUAUAACAGUUAAGCUGUUUCGUGUCAAUAAUAAUAUAAAAUGGAAAGUUUGAAGGAUAAAGUUGUGAUCAUAACAGGUGCUAGUUCUGGGAUCGGCGAAGGAACGGCUGUUAUGUUCGCGCAGUACGGUUCCCGUAUAGUGUUAAGUGGGAGAAGUUCCGAAAAUCUUGAACGUGUAGCAGGACGGUGCCGAGAAGUUGGUCUUACAGAUCAUAAAAUUCUUAUCCUUCAGGGAGAUUUGGCAAAUGACGAUGUCAGAAAGAAACUGAUAGAUGAAACAAUUAAAAAAUAUGGUCGGCUUGAUGUUUUGGUAAAUAAUGCUGGAGUAUGUCAUCUAGUAGAUACUACAAAAACGACGCCAGAGCACUAUGACGAUAUGAUGAACACCAAUACUCGUGCACCCUUUUUCUUGACUCAACAUGCCAUACCUCAUCUUAAACAAUCAAAGGGUAAUAUUAUCAACGUGUCAAGUCAGUUCUCGGAAAUGGCGGUUCCACAGAUGUAUGGUGUUUAUUGUAUGACUAAAGCAGCCGUGGACAUGUUUACAAAAUGUUUAUCACUUGAACUUGGACCGUUUGGAAUUAGAGUAAAUUCGGUCAAUCCUGGUUCCGUUGCAAGUAACCUAGAGAAAAGGGGUCCUACUGGUCUAUCAGAAGAAACUUAUAACUACUUUUUGUCUCUGGAGAAACAACGUCAUCCAAUUGGUCGUGUUGGAACAGCUGAAGACAUAGCUUGGGGUAUUGUGUUCCUGGCGUGUGAUCGAUCCUCAUUUAUAUCUGGUGAACGCAUGUUUAUUGAUGGUGCCAGUCAUUGGGUAACUGGCAGUGUGCAAAAUCCAGAAUAAUUUCGUUUGACAAUUGAUGAAAGUAGACCUAAGAAUUGGUAGCUUAAAGGAGCCAAGUCGCUGAUAUUCGGGACCUAGAAUUUGACACAAAUAUAAUAAUGUAAUAUGAAUGUAUAUAAACUGAUUUACAUUCAAUCGUUUCUGUUUUUACUGCAAUUUCUAAUCAGUUAUAUUCGGCGAAAUACGCCAGAAAUCUCGAUCGAAUAGCAAUCUCUAGUGUCUUGUUAUUGCAGUCUACACCGAUAGUAUUUAUUGCGUAUGCUCGCGAGAUAAGAAUAUGACGUCACCGUUUGACAUGACUUGUGGAAUAUGCCUAGCCUUGUUCUUCGAGUCCCUUAUGACGCUGAAACGGAUUAUGGUACACGAUUCGUGUACCAAUGGUAAACUGUUUAUUUUGUCUUAAAUAUUGGAUAUCAGAAGCCCAUAUAUAUUCCCGAUAAGAUCACAUCAUCAAUGUUGAUUUAAAUU